UUGGGGCCCGCCCCACCGGCGGCAGCCCUCCAGCGCCUUGUCUUCUUCUCUCCCGCGCGACCCCAGCGGCUCGUAGUGGCGCAACAGGGACGCAGGCACGUAGCUGCCCAGGGCAUCUCGCCUCGGACACCUCGCCCGGCCAAGCUCUCGCCCAGCCGCCCGGGUCACAAGUGCUUCCGGGUGAGAGGGUCACCGACCCCGUGGCCCCGCCCCUUCUUCACCGCCUCCGCCCGCAGCUCGGGCUGCGGCUUAUCCAGGGGUCUGGUUCCCGCUGUCCCGGCCUUGGCGCUCGGGACUCACCGGCGUGACUGGCUGGCUCGUCGCCGACGCUGGGAGCCACCACAUCCUUUCGGCCCGCCUGGCUGGGGAACUCGGGCCGAGGCCGGCCACAGCGCCGCUCGCCCUUCGCCUCUCUCCGGCGAGAGCUCAGCGGGCCAGCCGCGCUCCGGCCCUUCCCGGGCGGCGCCACAGUCCGCCCCGAGACAGAUGUGGGAAGAUAAAUGAAGGAGUCUAGAAGCAAGAUAAAUGUCAGGGGAAAGGAGAGCUACCAUCACUAAGGCCUGAACAUAAAGUGAAGUUACUUUCAUAUUUAAAAGACUGUUAAGAACACAAGAUGGGGACUCCUGGUUCUGGAAGGAAAAGAACACCUGUGAAAGAUCGAUUUUCUGCAGAAGAUGAAGCUUUGAGUAACAUUGCCAGAGAGGCAGAGGCAAGACUGGCAGCAAAACGUGCUGCUCGGGCAGAAGCAAGAGAUAUACGCAUGAGAGAACUGGAACGACAACAAAAAGAGCACUCUCAUCAUUCCUUUGACCGGAAAUGGGGACAGAUUCACAAGUGGCUGGAAGAUUCAGAAAGGGCCAGGUAUUCCCACCGGUCCAGUCAUCAUCGUCCUUAUCUGGAAGUUGAGAAUACAUUGUCCCUUCAAAGUCUUGGAACUCACAGGAAUCAUUCUCAUAGUCAGUCUUAUGGAAUAAAGAAGAGAUCUUCUGCUUCUCAUAAAGAUCCACUGAGUGGCCUCUACUUUGAUAAGAGGAACUAUAGCAGUCUUAGACAUAGCAAACCUACCUCUGCAUACUGCAUUCGGCAGUCUUCUUCCUUCUACAGUGACUCUUUGGCAAUAUCUAAGAGCAACAGGGUUUCUUCUACUGCAAAUUCUGGUCUGCUGAGAAGUACUAGUCUGACCUUAUUAUACAGUGGUUCCAGAUUAUAUAACCCCUAUGGUUCUCAAACUCCAUCUGAAUACAGUUAUUACUCAUCAAGAACAAGUUCAGCCCGAAGCAGUCCUGUGUUUAUCAACGAUGACAACAUGAGUAUUGUGUCUUCUGAUCAUGCCAGUCACGGGCGCAGGGAGAGUGUGGUUUCUGCUGCUGAUUAUUUUAGUCGCACCAGUCGUAGGGGAAGCAUUGUCUCUGACGUGAAUGAUGUCAGUAUCCCAGAUUUGACCAAUGUGAGUGUGAAAUAUUUAUUUGAACAUACACAAAACUACACACGUCCUUCAUCUCGAAAUUCUGCUUCAGCAACAACUCCUCUGAGUGGAAACUCAUCCAGAAGAGGAAGUGGGGACACCAGCAGCUUAAUAGAUCCAGAUACCUCAUUAAGUGAAUUGCGGGAUAUCUAUGACCUUAAGGACCAGAUACAGGAUGUAGAAGGGAGAUACAUGCAGGGACUUAAGGAACUAAAGGAGUCUUUGUCUGAAGUGGAAGAGAAAUACAAGAAAGCCAUGGUUUCUAAUGCACAAUUAGACAAUGAGAAGAACAACUUGAUAUACCAGGUAGAUACCCUCAAGGAUGUAAUUGAAGAACAGGAGGAGCAGAUGGCAGAAUUUUAUAGAGAAAAUGAAGAAAAAUCAAAGGAGUUGGAAAGGCAGAAACAUAUGUGUAGUGUGCUGCAGCAUAAGAUGGAUGAACUUAAAGAAGGCCUUCGGCAAAGAGAUGAGCUUAUUGAGGAGAAUCAGCGUAUGCAGCAGAAAAUAGACACCAUGACAAAAGAGGUGUUUGACCUCCAGGAGACACUUCUUUGGAAAGAUAAAAAAAUUGGGGCUCUAGAGAAACAGAAAGAAUACAUUGCCUGCCUUAGGAAUGAGCGAGAUAUGCUCAGAGAGGAACUGGCUGAUCUGCAGGAGACAGUGAAGACAGGAGAGAAACAUGGCUUAGUUAUAAUCCCUGAUGGCACUCCCAAUGGUGAUGUCAAUCAUGAACCAGUGGUUGGAGCCAUUACUGUUGUGUCUCAGGAAGCUGCUCAGGUCUUGGAGUCAGCAGGAGAAGGGCCACUAGAUGUAAGGCUACGAAAACUUGCUGGAGAAAAGGAAGAGCUAUUAUCACAGAUUAGAAAACUGAAGCUGCAGCUAGAAGAAGAACGACAAAAGUGCUCCAGGAAUGAUGGCACAGCAGGUGACCUGGCAGGACUGCAGAAUGGCUCAGACUUGCAGUUCAUUGAAAUGCAGAGAGAUGCCAACAGGCAAAUAAGCGAAUACAAAUUUAAGCUUUCAAAAGCAGAACAGGAUAUAACUACCUUGGAGCAAAGUAUUAGCCGGCUUGAGGGACAGGUGCUGAGAUAUAAAACUGCUGCUGAGAAUGCAGAGAAAGUUGAAGAUGAACUGAAAGCAGAAAAGAGGAAGCUACAACGAGAGUUAAGAACAGCACUGGACAAGAUUGAAGAGAUGGAAAUGACCAAUAGCCACCUAGCCAAGCGGCUGGAGAAGAUGAAGGCCAAUAGGACAGCACUUCUGGCCCAGCAGUAGGGAGGUCGCCGUUUGGCCUGUGUGCAGCUCCGUGGGGCCUCGCUCAGUGGGACUGACCUUUUGUAUAUUAACACAAACCCAUUUCAGUACUGUUUGAGUUUUGUCAUUAAAACAGGCACCUUUGUAUUUUAUAAUUUAUGAGAAUGAAGCAGGUUUGAAUCUUCAUGAAUGAACACUUUGUAUUUUGUUUGUAGUUUUAUUCUAGACUAAGAACUGGUCCAUGCUGUUUUUAUUUUUAAUUUCCGUAAUUUUAGAAUCAAGUUUACUCAGCAUUUUUCCCCCAGAUGCCUCAGUGAUUGGGCACUCGGAGGCCUUGGCUGGGGUCUGGAGAACAGCAAUUCUGAGUGCUCACUGAGACACUUGCUGGAGACCUCAGAAAACACAAGUGCCUUCUGCACAGUGCGGUGCAGACUUCAGUGACCUCCAGUGGGCAACAGACAUUUACCCUUCCUAUCAGCAUUUAUAUUUUAGUGAAGAAAACAACUUCACAGGUUGAGAAUCUGCAUUUCACUCAAAUUUGUUUGGCGAGAAAAAAACCUUGUUUUGUAAAAUAUUUAAAUUUAUAUAAGAAAAUGUUAGAAUACAUGGGCAGUGUAUAUAAAACUUGCUUCACUGCAUGGGGCAGGGAAGUCCAAGACUUUUUACUCUUAAAGCAAGAGUCGGGUCCUUAGUCUUCCAUAUCCACUGUGCUGUACCUUGUAAAGUAUUUUCAUCUGCUGCUUAUUUGUGAAAUGAAACCUCAGACAUCUUACGGCCCUAAGGUGGAGGGAGGGGCAGGGCAGGCAGGUAGGAAAUCUGCCUGAAGAUUCUAUUAAACACACUUUUGCCAACCA